AUGUACGUCGGGUCCUCCCUUCGCCCCAUGACAGAUCACCAUGUAGGCUUACGAAUUGGCAGCGAGCGUGCUGGUGUAUUUCUUUGGUCUCUGGGUCACGGCAAGCAUGUACGUCUGAAAUCCAACGCACCCCCUUUCCCCCGCGGGCUCGGCCAACCGCUUGUCUGCGACAGGACGUGGAGGCUAACGCUGCCAUUUCUCAGGAUCAUGAUCUUCAUCAUCACCAUCCUCCUCCUCGCCGCAGACUUCUACUACCUCAAGAACAUCGCCGGCCGGCGCCUCGUCGGCCUCCGGUGGUGGAACGAAGUCGACCCCCAGACCGGCGAGUCCAAAUGGGUCUUUGAGUCGAGCGAGCCCGGCACAAAGGUUGUCAACGCCACCGACAGCAGGUUCUUCUGGCUGUCGCUGUACGUGCAGCCUCUGCUGUGGAUUCUGCUGGCCGUCUUGGCCAUUGUUAGGUUGCAGUUCUUGUGGCUGCCUCUUGUUAUCAUCGCCCUUGUUUUGACAAUUAUGAACACUCUUGCCUUUUCGAGAUGCGACAAGUUCAGCCAGGCUUCCAACUUGGCGGGCAGUGCAUUGGGCACCACGAAUUUGGCCGGCAGCAUUGCGACAAACCUGGCCGGACGGUGGUUUUCGCGAAACUGA